GUGUAAGGUCUUUGUUUCGACCUCUUUGUUAUGUACUUUCUUUCCAGUGCCCAGGAAGAAUUUGGAGAGGUCAAGAGAAAAAGAUGCUCCGGGCUCGCCAUUCUCUCUCGAUGAUAUUCUUUCCUGAGACUGGUUUAUGUCACAAGCAGAGAAGGGUGAAGUCAUUAUUUUAAACACAGCAUGUAAGAUUUUCUCGUAGUGUUUGUUAAUACAUCCUUCGCUUGUCCACAGCCUAGUCGCAGAGGCCAGGAACAUAACAACCACUUCAGGGAACGUGCGGAGACGGAUUGACUUCCUCUGCUGGCCCCUUCCGCAUCUGCUCGGGACUGUCAGGCCCUUCGCGAUCGAGCUGAUUGCGUUCGCUGGGAGGGCUGACAUCCUGGAGCACAUGAGGCGUGGGUACCCGAAGCUCCACGCCGCUGAAGUGGACGGACGAGUCGAGACGUGCCACACCGUGGUCGUCCACGUGUCAGCGGACUGGGCUGCCAAGAGGGGCGCCACAGACUACUUUGGGCCACCCGAGGGUGUCGAGGACGUGCACGUCGUGCAAGUUCUUUUCAAAGAAAAUGGGGCGAAGGCACGGAUUGCAUUCGAGGAUAGGGAAAGGGAUAGGGAAAUUCCAGUAGCGGGGUUGCGCAAGGAGGCCAAAAUGGUUCUUUCGAAGCUGACGACCCCUCCCAGCUCCACUCCAGGCACCCGACGGCCCUCUCUUCCCCAGCCCCGUUAAAAGAAGACAAUCAAUCAGAUAGACGGCAAGCUGGUCGUUCAAAAGGUUCUGGUUCCGCUUGGAGAAUGCUGAUUGACAUCAAGUGCAGCGGUCUGACAUGUGCUCUCGCUUUGACAGUUUGUGAUUUGACUGCUGAUAUACGUUACAUGCCGGAAUAUAUCCCAGAUUUGCCGCGAGUCAGAAUUCUGUAUGCAAGUGACAGGAAGGGUUCGGUUUCUUGUUUGGAAUAUAUGUGCAGUCAAAUGUGGUUGACAACCUUUAUUGACAG